AUGUCAAGAAGAUCUCCAAUCCAUGUAUGUUCUCUCAGCAUGAGUGAGCUCAACAGAUCAAAAGAGGAUUUGACCCAUGUUAAUACAAUGUACGAUGAAUUAUCACCAGAAGAACAAAAAACUAAUACUGAAAUUAACAGGAAACUGAACAAGCUUCGUUGGGUUAACCUUUCCAUGGAGUAUAACCGCCAAACACAGCUCCAAUAUGUAUUUCAACACCUUGGAGAUAAAGGCAGUAAUCCACGCCUCAGAAGUGUAAGAAUGAAACCAAUGUUCUCAGCCUGGAAGCGUGAAAUACUUCGCCAGAAGUGGCGCGAAGUGAGCGAAGCGAUAAAUUCAGAAAACGUACAUAAGAGAUUAGAUAAGAAGUUUGAUUCAUUUGCACAACAAAGAGCAACAUUAUCAGCACGUAAUAUGGAAAAAUCAAACGUUUUACUUAAUCCACCAGUCCUUGAUCUUCUUGAUAUGCAAGAUCAACUGAAUUUCAUUGAUUCUUUCCAGACUAAAGAGUCUCAGAAGGCAGAAUUCUUCAGCCAAGGAAUCGAUUUCUUACAAUCAUCUGCUUGCAAGACCAUUACUGAAAUCCCAGAAACAGAAGACAACGAUCCAAUUGGCGGCGGCGAUGUUCAAAGCAGAUUGAGGAGCCGUGGCUUAAACCUUGAAGAAGAUAAGCCUCAGAAGCUCUUAAGUGGAGCAGAAAGAGCUUUGAGACAAUAUCAAGACCACGACCUCAAACAGAAGUCAUCUGGCUUAACAAAGACAAUUCUCAUUAUUGUAGCUGCAAUUGUUGCAAUAGCACUUAUUAUCUUCCUCAUCAAAGGAAAAUCUGUUUUUAAUACUCCUUCUACACCAGCUGAAUGUUUAGUUACUAAUACACCAAAGCCAAAACCAACUAGAACACCAAAGGUGACCCCUACACCUACUCCAACCCCAAAGAAAGGUUGGUUCAAAUAA